AUGGUGAUGGCUGUAUUAAUCAUCACAACAAAUGAUCAAGUGCAAAAGAUUUUAAGAUCAUCAUCAUCAUCAGACAAUGCAUUUGCUAUCGGAAACCUUGGAGAUAUCAUAAGAAAACACAGACAUUGGCAAGAGUAUUUCCCUCGAGUAGAACCAUUUUAUGCAAUAAAAUGUAAUGAUGUUGAACCUGUCAUUAGGAUCCUAGCAGAUAUGGGACUUUCAUUUGAUUGUGCAAGUAAGAUUGAGAUACAGAAGAUAUUAGACCUUGGAGUUGAUCCAUCAAGGAUUAUUUACGCCAACACAUUCAAACAACCAUCAUUUCUCAAAUUUGCUGCUGAAAAUUGUGUUUCUUUGAUGACAUUCGAUUGUGAGGAUGAACUAACAAAGAUCAAGAAAGUCUACCCAGAGGCAAAAUUGGUGCUUAGAAUCAGUCCACAAUCAAACUACAAAGUUAAAUUUCACCUAGGAAGAAAGUUUGGAUGCCAUCCUUUGAGAGCAUCGGAACUCUUGCAAGUUGCUAUGAAACUCAAAUUAAAUGUGAUUGGUGUAAGUUUCCAUGUUGGGAGUGGUUGUCUAGAAACAGGAGCUUUCGAGGCAGCAAUUGAGCAGUCACGAAAAGUAUUUGACAUUGGGUUAGCUAUGGGAUUUAACAUGCACCUCCUGGACAUAGGUGGUGGGUUUCCUGGACAGAAAAUACAAAAUGUGGAAACGAACAUUACUUUUGAAGAGAUAGCUCGAGUUGCAAACAAAUCCUUAGAUAAAUAUUUUCCCGGAAAUGAUGUUCGCAUUAUAGCGGAACCAGGACAAUACUACGUCGCAUCGGCAUUUACAGUUGCCGUCAAUAUUAUUACAAAGAAAAUCGUUAUGGACGACGAAAUCGUACAACCAAAUUCAACAGAAUGUGUUGACGAUCCAACAACACAGAAUGAACCCGUCAGAAUGUAUAUUAUCAAUGAUGGCAUAUACGGAUGCUUUUUCGCAUGUUUUGUUGACCCAAGAUGUUAUGUACCUUCACAUUUUAAGUCUAUUGAUGAAGAGCUAUACAACAGUACUAUUUGGGGACCAACUUGUGAUGCACUGGAUCUAAUUAUAGACAAUGUCAAGCUACCUGAGCUAUCUACUGGAGAUUGGAUUUACUUUAAAGAUAUGGGAGCAUAUUCGUUUCCUAACAUUUCAUCAUUCAACAAUAUGCCAAGAGUCAAGGAAUUCUACAUAUGCGAGAGAAAACUAUGGGAAGAGAUAUAUCAACCCUGAUUUCAUCUUCGUUGUUUUAGAAUAGAAACAUUUGAAUAGAAUGAGUUUGCAAUUAUCAAGUUCAAAUAAAAAUAAAU